UGUCAGGAGCCUAGCAGCGGGUGGCAGGGAUCGGACGUCGGUGCCGGGACUCAGCGGUGUGAGCCCCGCGCAUCAACAAACCGGACAAGUGCUGCGAGGCCCGGGCUGCCUGCCAGGUCGCUGAGUCGAGCAGGGACCUGUGGGGCAGUUGGCCGCACAGGCAAGAUGGGGAACCGGGAGAUGGAAGAACUGAUCCCUCUGGUGAACCGUCUGCAGGACGCUUUCUCGGCUCUGGGACAGAGCUGUCUGCUGGAGCUGCCACAGAUCGCCGUGGUGGGCGGCCAGAGCGCCGGCAAGAGCUCAGUGCUCGAGAACUUCGUGGGCAGGGACUUUCUUCCUCGAGGCUCGGGCAUUGUGACCAGACGACCGCUUGUACUCCAGCUUGUCACCUCUAAAGCAGAAUAUGCCGAGUUUCUACAUUGCAAAGGAAAAAAAUUUACAGAUUUUGAUGAAGUUCGCCACGAGAUCGAAGCAGAAACGGACCGAGUAACAGGAAUGAAUAAAGGCAUCUCUUCUGUACCCAUUAACCUGCGAGUCUACUCUCCCCACGUGUUAAACCUAACGCUAAUCGACCUGCCUGGAAUAACGAAAGUGCCCGUGGGAGACCAGCCGCCAGAUAUUGAGUAUCAGAUCAGAGAUAUGAUUAUGCAGUUCAUCACCAGGGAGAACUGUCUGAUUUUGGCUGUCACACCAGCCAACACCGAUCUUGCGAACUCAGAUGCCCUGAAGCUAGCCAAAGAAGUCGAUCCUCAAGGCCUGAGGACCAUUGGCGUUAUCACCAAGCUGGAUCUCAUGGAUGAAGGGACGGAUGCCAGGGACGUACUAGAGAACAAGCUGCUACCUCUCCGCAGGGGCUAUGUGGGGGUGGUCAACCGAAGCCAGAAGGACAUAGAUGGAAAGAAGGACAUUAAGGCAGCUAUGCUGGCAGAAAGGAAAUUUUUUCUCUCUCACCCGGCGUAUAGACACAUUGCUGAUCGGAUGGGGACCCCACACCUCCAGAAGGUCCUGAAUCAGCAACUUACCAACCAUAUCCGAGAUACCCUGCCCAACUUCAGGAACAAGCUACAGGGGCAGCUGCUCUCCAUAGAACAUGAAGUAGAAGCCUUCAAAAACUUCAAACCGGAAGACCCCACAAGGAAGACCAAAGCACUGCUACAGAUGGUCCAACAGUUCGCUGUGGACUUUGAGAAGAGAAUCGAAGGGUCGGGGGAUCAAGUAGACACGUUAGAGCUCUCUGGCGGUGCUAAGAUCAAUCGCAUUUUCCACGAGCGCUUUCCUUUUGAGAUAGUGAAGAUGGAGUUCAAUGAGAAAGAACUGAGAAGAGAAAUAAGCUAUGCAAUCAAAAACAUACACGGGAUCAGGACAGGGUUGUUUACUCCAGACAUGGCAUUUGAGGCAAUAGUCAAAAAACAGAUAGUAAAACUGAAAGGGCCUUCUUUGAAGAGUGUGGACCUGGUGAUGCAGGAACUGAUCAACACGGUGAAGAAGUGCACCAAGAGGCUGGCCAACUUCCCCAGACUUUGUGAAGAAACAGAAAGGAUUGUUGCUAACCACAUCCGUGAGCGAGAAGGAAAGACCAAGGACCAGGUCCUGCUACUGAUUGACAUUCAAGUCUCUUACAUUAACACCAACCAUGAGGACUUCAUCGGCUUUGCAAAUGCUCAGCAGAGAAGCAGUCAGGUUCACAAGAAAAGCACAAUUGGAAAUCAGGGAACCAAUCUUCCGCCUUCAAGGCAAAUUGUGAUUCGGAAGGGCUGGCUGACCGUCAGCAACAUUGGCAUCAUGAAAGGAGGCUCGAAGGGCUACUGGUUUGUCCUCACGGCAGAAAGCUUGUCCUGGUAUAAAGACGAUGAGGAGAAAGAAAAGAAGUAUAUGCUUCCACUGGACAACCUGAAAGUCCGGGACGUGGAGAAAGGCUUCAUGUCCAGCAAGCACGUCUUCGCACUCUUCAACACAGAACAAAGGAAUGUCUACAAAGACUAUCGUUCCCUGGAGCUGGCCUGUGAUUCCCAGGAGGAUGUGGACAGCUGGAAGGCGUCUCUGCUCAGAGCUGGCGUCUAUCCAGAUAAGUCUUUUACUGAAAAUGAUGAAAAUGGACAAGCAGAAAACUUUUCCAUGGACCCGCAGUUGGAGAGGCAAGUGGAGACCAUUCGCAACCUCGUAGACUCCUACAUGUCGAUAAUCAACAAAUGCAUCCGAGACCUAAUUCCAAAAACAAUAAUGCACCUUAUGAUCAAUAAUGUUAAAGACUUCAUCAACUCUGAACUCCUAGCACAGCUCUACUCCUCUGAGGACCAGAACACACUGAUGGAAGAAUCCGUGGAGCAGGCUCAGCGCCGGGAUGAGAUGCUCCGGAUGUACCAAGCCCUGAAAGAAGCCCUCGCGAUCAUUGGCGACAUCAACACGGCCACUGUGUCCACCCCAGCCCCACCUCCAGUAGAUGACUCCUGGCUCCAGCAUUCCAGAAGGUCACCUCCUCCAAGCCCCACCACCCAAAGAAGGCUGACUCUAAGUGCUCCCCUCCCGAGGCCCGCAUCUAGCCGCGGACCAGCUCCUGCCAUCCCCUCUCCAGGCCCCCACUCCGGGGCUCCCCCAGUCCCGUUCCGUCCUGGCCCAUUACCUCCUUUUCCCAACAGCAGUGACUCCUUCGGAGCCCCUCCGCAGGUUCCGUCCAGGCCCACAAGGGCACCCCCCAGUGUUCCAAGCCGGAGGCCACCCCCAUCACCAACUCGCCCCACUAUAAUCCGUCCACUAGAGUCCUCACUGUUAGACUAAACGAAGUGUCCGGCAUGGCAAUUAAAUCACUAAUGAUUCAUGCAAAAGCAGCAUUCGGUUACAUUUGCAGCCAACCAUGAGUAGUCGCAUGUAUGGACCUCCAUAGGCAAGUAGCCAGUCCUACUAACGUGUUCAUCGCUCAUCUUCAUUGCUCAUGGUGGGUCAGACCUUUGGGUUUGACUCUGAAAACCUGCUCACCUGUAGAGAGGCUUAAUAUGUUGUAUUGACCGAGGUAGUUUUAUAUAACAGUCCUAUGCUUUGGUACCACUUACCUGUCCAACAUAGAGCAGAAAUUGCUUUGGAAGAGUUUUCUAGGCUGUCUACAGAGGAGCUUACGAGGCUUCCGAACAGACACAAGAGUGUGAGCUUGGAACCACGCCGACUUCUCCCACAUUCUGUUUUGGGUGGCAGAAACUCUGCUGUCUGAUAUUAAUGCCACCACUCAGUCCGCAGUUGCUUAUUUAGGCUUUUUUCCCUCCUUAUUUCAUAAGACUGCUAAAAAAA